UAGCGUUCGCGCGACUCUUGGCCCCCGAAUGCGCGGGAUGGCUCAGGCUUUGGCCAAGGCUACCCCUGCUCAGAAGAGUGCUGGCGAUAUCAGCGAUGCUUUUGCGUCCUUGUCCGGUCAUACUGUUGUUCUCGAGCCACGGUUCGCCCAGCUCAAGAAGCAGCUUUGGAAAGACAAUAUGCUCCAGUCCUGGCGUGAGGUCCUUGACGAGCUCAAAAUCACCACCAAGGAAAUCGCCGCCACUGGUCCUGACAUUAUACUAAGAGUGCAGUUCGAGCAGAUCAAGAGUGGAAAGGUUGAUCCUGAAGUCUUGAAGAGGGUGAGGGCUGUAGGAACGAUGAUUGUUGAGGGUGCCAUAUCUGAGGAGGAAGCGCUCAAGUGGAAGGCUGAUAUCCUUGAGUAUGCCAGGGUUAACAAAGAUCAUGUUCGUGGCUAUCCAGCAGACAAUAUCCAGGUCUACGAGUUCUAUAACUCCAGAUCCCAGACGGCCGCGCGUACACACCCCAACGCCAUCAUUACUCACAAGUGGCUUCUUGCUACUCUGUUGCACGCCAGCGACCCGAAGUCGAAGAUUAGUCUGGAGACUCCCAUCUCGUACUAUGACAGACUGAGGAUUAGGCAGCCUGGCGAUGCGACGUUCGCUUUGGGACCGCAUAUAGAUGGCGGAAGUCUUGAGCGUUGGGAAGAUCCAGGCUAUCGUUCUUGUUUUGCCUCAAUUCUCAAUACAAACCCGCUCAACGGUAACUCCUGGCGAGCCCAUGACUCUUUCGACGUUUCACCUCGUAUCGAGGCGAACUCUGAUCUGUAUAAGACUAGCUCGGGGCAAUGCAGCGUUUAUCGGCCGUGGCAGGGUAUGUCUUUGUUCUCCCCGCCGUUGUUUUCAUUCGUUUGGGCCUCGUUGCUGCCCACGUCAGCGCGAAGUUCGAGACUCCGGCGGGCGCAUCUGUCGGCGUGAAGGAGUUGAUCGAAGAGGUCAAUUCCACUUUGUGAGGUGUCAAUGGAGUUCUGCGGGGGCUGAGUGCCAGGCAGGUGUCGGGGGUGUAAAGACGAUGGGUGGAGGGUGAAGGGAGUGCGGUACUAUCUAAGGGCCUGGAUUUGACUCAUAUUUAUAUACUUCUAAGUUCGCUGCUUUGUGUAGAUUGGGUUUCGUGGACGGAAGCCUACCGAUCUAUUCAACAUCGUGCUGAAGGACUCCUGUUGUACGAUACGAAUAGAAUCGCGUUUCGG